AGGGUCUAAUGCGGCUGGGAUGAGAAAGGAGAGUUUUUAGGAGGGUAGCUGCAUUCUAAGUAAGGGACUCUGUUGGGGUAAAAGGAGCGAGUGUUGCAAGAAGGGGGUGCGGGGGUUGAGCAGGCACCUCUACAGGAAAUGGAUGCUGUCCAGGUGCUGGUGGGCGCCCCGGGCAACGUGGCGAAGCAACUCAGCCGGUCCAAUCAGACUGCGUCCAGGGCUUGGGUUUCGCGAUCAUUAAGUGACUGAGGCAGAUCCCCACGCGGCACCUGGCCACGCGCUCAGCAGUCCCGCCGCGGGAUGGUGCCUUGAGUGAAUGACCCCCUUGGAGAACAUUCUUCUGGAGAUGUCCCUCGCCUCAAGCCAGACUCAGACAGAAAACUGAAGAUUCAGCAGAUCCAGUGCUUCCUGCUCCACUUCUGCUCAGGAACACGCUUGUCUUCCCCAAGGCUUCCAGAACUUCUGAGGCAGGAGGCACCCAGUUCUACCUCAUGUUUGGAGGAUCUUGCUAGCUAUGGCCCUUGUACUCGGCUCCCUGUUGCUGCUGGGGCUGUGCGGGAACUCUUUUUCAGGAGAGCAGCCUUCAUCCACAGAUGCUCCUAAGGCUUGGAAUUAUGAAUUGCCUGCAACAAAUUAUGAGACCCAAGACUCCCAUACAGCUGGACCCAUUGGCAUUCUCUUUGAACUAGUGCAUAUCUUUCUCUAUGUGGUACAGCCACGUGAUUUCCCAGAAGAUACUUUGAGAAAAGUCAUACAGAAGGCACGUGAGUCCAAAAUUGAUUAUGAUAAGCCAGAAACUCUAAUCUUAGGUCUAAAGAUUAUCUACUAUGAAGCAGGGAUUAUUCUAUGCUCUGUCCUGGGACUGCUGUUUAUUAUUCUGAUGCCUCUGGUGGGGUAUUUCUUUUGUAUGUGUCGUUGCUGUAACAAAUGUGGUGGAGAAAUGCACCAGCGACAGAAGGAAAACGGACUCUUCCUGAGGAAGUGCUUUGCAAUCUCCCUCUUGGUGAUUUGUAUAAUAAUAAGCAUUGGCAUCUUCUGUGGUUUUGUGGCAAAUCACCAGGUACGAACCCGGAUCAAAAGGAGUCGGAAACUGGCAGACAGCAAUUUCAAGGACUUGCGAACUCUCUUGAAUGAAACUCCAGAGCAAAUCAAAUAUAUAUUGGCCCAGUACAACACUACCAAGGACAAGGCGUUCUCAGAUCUGAACAGUAUCAAUUCAGUGCUAGGAGGCGGAAUUCUUGACCGACUGAGGCCCAACAUCAUCCCUGUUCUUGAUGAGAUUAAGUCCAUGGCAACAGCAAUCAAAGAGACCAAAGAGGCAUUGGAGACCAUGAACAGCACCUUGAAGAGCUUGCACCAACAAAGUACACAGCUUAGCAGCAGUCUGACCAGCGUGAAAACUAGCCUGCGGGCAUCUCUCAAUGACCCUCUGUGCUCAGUGCGUCCAUCAAGUGAAACCUGCAACAGCAUCAGAUUGUCUCUAAGCCAGCUGAAUAGCAACCCUGAACUGAGGCAGCUUCCACCUGUGGAUGCAGAACUUGACAAAGUUAAUAACGUUCUUAGGACAGAUUUGGAUGGCCUGGUCCAACAGGGCUAUCAAUCCCUUAAUGACAUACCUGACAGAGUGCAAAGCCAAACCAAGACCGUCAUAGCAGGUAUCAAAAAGGUCUUGAAUUCCAUUGGUUCGGAUAUCGACAAUGUAACUCAGCAUCUUCCUAUUCAGGAUAUACUCUCAGAAUUCUCUGUUUAUGUUAAUAACACUGAAAGUUACAUCCACAGAAAUUUACCUACACUGGAAGAGUAUGAUUCAUACUGGUGGCUGGGUGGCCUGGUCAUCUGCUCUCUGCUGACCCUCAUCGUGAUUUUUUACUACCUGGGCUUACUGUGUGGCGUGUGCGGCUAUGACAGGCAUGCCACCCCGACCACCCGCGGCUGUGUCUCCAACACGGGAGGUGUCUUCCUCAUGGUUGGAGUUGGAUUAAGUUUCCUCUUUUGCUGGAUAUUGAUGAUCAUUGUGGUUCUUACCUUCGUCUUUGGUGCAAAUGUGGAAAAACUGAUCUGUGAACCUUACACGAGCAAGGAAUUAUUCCGGGUUUUGGAUACACCCUACUUACUAAAUGAAGACUGGGAAUACUAUCUCUCUGGGAAGCUGUUUAAUAAAUCAGAGAUGAAGCUCACUUUUCAACAGGUUUACAGUGACUGCAAAAAGAAUAGAGGCACUUACGGCACUCUUCACCUGGAGAACAGCUUCGACAUCAGUGACUAUCUCAACAUUAAUGAGCAUACUGCAAGCAUAAGCAGUGAAUUGGAAAGUCUGAAGGUAAAUCUCAAUAUCUUUCUGUUGGGUGCAGCAGGAAGAAAAAGCCUUCAGGAUUUUGCUGCUUGUGGAAUAGACAGAAUGAGUUAUGACACCUACUUGGCUCAGACUGGUAAAUCCCCCGCAGGAGUGAAUCUUUUAUCAUUUGCGUAUGAUCUGGAGGCAAAAGCAAAUAGUUUGCCCCCAGGAAAUUUGAGGAACUCCCUGAAAAGAGAUGCACAAACUAUCAAAACGAUUCACCAGCAACGAGUCCUUCCUAUAGAACAAUCACUGAGCACUCUAUACCAAAGUGUCAAGAUACUUCAACGCACAGGCAAUGGAUUGUUGGAGAGAGUAAAUAGGAUUCUAGCUUCUCUGGAUUUUGCUCAGAACUUCAUCACAAACAAUAUUUCCUCUGUUAUUAUUGAGGAAACUAAGAAGUAUAGGAAAACAAUAAUAGGAUAUUUUGAACACUAUCUGCAGUGGAUCGAGUUCUCUAUCCGUGAGAAAGUGGCAUCCUGCAAACCUGUGGCCACCGCUCUAGAUACUGCUGUUGAUGUCUUUCUGUGUAGCUACAUUAUCGACCCCCUGUUUUAUAGUGUUGAAACUAUACCCAUGAAAAAUAUGGAAAAUGGUAAUAAUGGUUAUCAUAAAGAUCAUUUAUAUGGUAUUCACAAUCCUGUUAUGACAAGCCCAUCACAUUGAUAGCUGAUGUUGAAAUUGCUUGAGCAUCAGGAUACUCAAAGUGGAAAGGAUCACAGAUUUUUGGUAGUUUCUGGGUCUACAAGGACUUUCCAAAUCCAGGAGGAACGCCAGUGGCAACGUAGUGACUCAGCCGGGCACCAAGGAAACGGCGCCAUUAGUCUCUGGGUAGUGCUUUAAGAAUGAACACAAUCAUGUUUAUAGUCCAUGGUCCAUCACUAUUCAAGGAUGACUCCCUCCCUGUCUAUUUUUGUUUUUUACUUUUUUACACUGAGUUUCUAUUUAGACACUACAACAUAUGGGGUGUUUGUUCCCAUUGGAUGCAUUUCUGUCAAAACUCUUAUCAAAUGUGAUGGCUAGGUUCUAACAUAUUGCCAUGUGUGGAGUGUGCUAAACACACACCAGUUUACAGGAAAGAUGCAUUUUGUGUACAGUAAAUGGUGUAUAUACCUUUUGUUACCACAGAGUUUUUUAAACAAAUGAGUAUUAUAGGACUUUCUUCUAAGUGAGCUGAAUAAGUCACCAUUGACUUCUUGGUGCUGUUGAAAAUAAUCCAUUUUCACUAAAAGUGUGUGAAACCUACAGCAUAUCCUUCACACAAAGAUUUUUAUCUAUUAUACUUUAUCAAAGAUUGGUCAUGUUCCAUUUGGAAAUGGCAUGCAAAAGCAAUCCUAGAGAAACCUGCGUAACUCCAUCUGCAAAUUUAAAAGAGAGAGAGAGAUCUUGAGAGAAAGAAGUGCUGUUCGUUCAAAAGUGGAGUUGUUUUAACAGAUGCCAAUUACAGUGUACAGUUUAACAGAGUUUUCUGUUGCAUUAGAAUAAACAUGAAUUGGAGUGCAGCUAACAUGAAUAUCAUCAGACUAGUAUCAAGGGUUCUAAAAUGAAAUAUGAGAAGAUCCUGUCACAAUUCUUAGAUUUGGUGUCCAGCAUGGAUGAAACCUUUGAGUUUGGUCCCUAAAUUUACAUGAAAGCACAAGGUAAAUAUCCAUUUGCUUUAGGAUUUUCAUGUUGGAUCUGUCAUUAUCAAAAGUGAUGAGCAAUGAAAAACUGGUCGGACAAAAUUUAACAUUGACAUAAUGAAAUUCCAGAUGUAGGCUUUCCCCCAGGUCUUUUCAUGUGCAGAUUGCAGUUCUGAUUCGUUUCAAUAAAAAGGAACUUGGAAAACA